AUGAUUGAUGAUGAUGAGGAUGAUGAUGAUGAUGAUGAUGAUGAUGAUGAUGAUGAGGAAGAUGAUGAUGAUGAUGAUGAUGAUGAUGAUGAUGAUGAUGAUGCUGAUGAUGAUGAUGAUGAUGAUGAUGAUGAUGAUGAUGAUGAUGAUGAUGAUGAUGAUGAUGAUGAUGAUGAUGAUGAUGAUGAUGAUGAUGAUGAUGAUGAUGAUGAUGAUGAUGAUGAUGAUGAUGAUGAUGAUGAUGAUGAUGAUGAUGAUGAUGAUGAUGAUGAUGAUGAUGAUGAUGAUGAUGAUGAUGAUGAUGAUGAUGAUGAUGAUGAUGAUGAUGAUGAUGAUGAUGAUGAUGAUGAUGAUGAUGAUGAUGAUGAUGAUGAUGAUGAUGAUGAUGAUGAUGAUGAUGAUGAUGAUGAUGAUGAUGAUGAUGAUGAUGAUGAUGAUGAUGAUGAUGAUGAUGAUGAUGAUGAUGAUGAUGAUGAUGAUGAUGAUGAUGAUGAUGAUGAUGAUGAUGAUGAUGAUGAUGAUGAUGAUGAUGAUGAUGAUGAUGAUGAUGAUGAUGAUGAUGAUGAUGAUGAUGAUGAUGAUGAUGAUGAUGAUGAUGAUGAUGAUGAUGAUGAUGAUGAUGAUGAUGAUGAUGAUGAUGAUGAUGAUGAUGAUGAUGAUGAUGAUGAUGAUGAUGAUGAUGAUGAUGAUGAUGAUGAUGAUGAUGAUGAUGAUGAUGAUGAUGAUGAUGAUGAUGAUGAUGAUGAUGAUGAUGAUGAUGAUGAUGAUGAUGAUGAUGAUGAUGAUGAUGAUGAUGAUGAUGAUGAUGAUGAUGAUGAUGAUGAUGAUGAUGAUGAUGAUGAUGAUGAUGAUGAUGAUGAUGAUGAUGAUGAUGAUGAUGAUGAUGAUGAUGAUGAUGAUGAUGAUGAUGAUGAUGAUGAUGAUGAUGAUGAUGAUGAUGAUGAUGAUGAUGAUGAUGAUGAUGAUGAUGAUGAUGAUGAUGAUGAUGAUGAUGAUGAUGAUGAUGAUGAUGAUGAUGAUGAUGAAUGA